GCCGAAAUGAAAUGAAACGCAACAAAUUAUUGCGAAUGAUUUGUGGACGAGCCCCGUCAGCCAUUUUGCCGCCCAUUUGCCACCGCGACCUUGCAUCUUCUUGUCUCUUGUUGUCCUUGAAAAAAAAGGUGUCCGUGGCCAGCAAGUGCAGGUGCAGAGAAGGCAACGCAAGUGAGUCGGAAGACGACGAGGAUUACGAUUACUACGAUGACGACAGUUUGUACGACAUCGUCCGGUUCUCAGAACCCGAUGAAGAGACGACCGAGCCAACAGAAACCGACACGAAAGUGACUACGCCAGACGUCACCACCAGCCGUGGCCUUGAUCAUGAAACUGCCACGCCAAAAAGCCGCAUCAGAAAAAGAAGUGUCAUGCUCGGAGAUGGAACACGUUGCGUGGCCGAGAUAAACAACAGAGAAGCAGCUGUAAUCACUGGAGAGUGCAGCGAAGGAAGUUGCUGGAAAGUUAACCCCAUUUCUUACAAGCUGCCAAAUGCACGACCAACCGUGGUUGACCCUUACGAGCGCCUCUGCAAGGUGAACAAGACUCAAAUGAACAGAAUGCUUAAAGUCGUUCUUGGAUGUAUCGCGAGCUGUCACGAGCCGAAAAAUGACACCUGGAAGGAAACGAGGCUGGACGAUGGAAGGUUAUGCGCGCUCCCGCAGCAAAACGGCCAGAACGAGUACUUGAACAGAACUGGAGUUUGCCGCAACGGAUCCUGCGUCACCGCAAAUGUUGCACCCUGGACUCAUCCGAAUGGUUGUAAAGACGAAUCUACGAGGAUAAAUGGCAAAGUCCUGGCGGUAAGAUGCACCGACUUCUGCAAAAACAACACGAAGGAAAGGCUAGAUGAUGGAACUCCGUGUUUGCUUCAAUAUACACGGAAGAUCAAGGUCCCUACUGUGUCUCAGACAAUUGUGGAAGGAAUUUGCAAGAACGGGGAGUGUAUCAUAACGCCCCCCACUCCUACCAUGAUGGUAGUGAACGUUCCUGAAGAAAGUUGCACCCAUUUACUUUCGUCCGUCAGUUAUAUGGAAACAGUCGAGUCAGUGUGCUUCAAAGUCUGUUCGUCUCCGGAACGCAGAGUGAGGAACGUGGAGAAAGGGAGUUACUGUGCUCUGAAGACAGAAGGAAAAUGGUGGCCGAAAGUGACAGAAGUGGGCGAGUGCAUCGGCGGCGCAUGCAUGACUAAAUCUCCGGAUAAACCGCCGCCCCAUGAAGAGCGGGAUACACGUUCACAUAGUUGCAGAAAAUGGGAUUACGUGACAGUCAUAACCUCUAAGCUCAUCGUAGCCGAGUCCUGUCAAGUGGAGUGCGCUGAUGGCGUGUUCGAAAACCGCGUCGAUGGAGUCAAGUGCUUGCUGGAAUACAGCCUUAAAAAGGAAGGAAAAGGCUCACAAGGUUGGUACAAGACAGGCGUGUGCAAAGGGGGGUUCUGUGUCACUGAGAAGCACUCGCACACCAUAAAGACCGAUGACUGAGAGGUGCACAAGCAUGCUUUGGCAUACAUGUGAACGCAAGAAAAUGAACUCGGGAACUAGUGGCACCUAGCAAGCAUUUCAAUAGACCCACCUGUGCGGAUAAGUAUGUUCAAGAAAGAACAGGAAUCAAUUGCACGAAGACAAAAUACUGUGAAGACGCAACGCAAACGUUUGAAUCUAUUUGAACCGAAGCUUCAGUGAAGAGGUUCAUUAAAUGCUGAAC